AUGGGGAGUGCGGGGUCCCUUGCCAAAGAAGCGCAUGAAGCGACGGACGAUGAGCUGUGCACUGUCUUGAGGAGCCUUUCGUCUGAUAGUCUUGCACGAGUCAAGAAGGCACUGACCCUAGCCCGAAGUGCUGAUCCUUUGACGCAAACUGGAGUGGUGGCUGCCGGCGAAGACGAAGAUGGGGUUGAUGAAGCCUUGGCCAAGGAGCUUGCAGAACAAGAGAAGCUCUUCCUGAAAUGCCUCCGGAAGCGUGCAGAGCGGGAGACCAAGAGAAAGCAGGAGAAGGAAGAGAAGCGUGCGGCAGCCAAAAAGCUGAAAGAGCAGGCCUUGGAAGCAGCCUUCGACAAUGAGCUGGAUCUCUUGCUUAAGCUCUUUGAUCAAGGUGUUGAGCCAGAGUGUGCGGACGAGCAUGGAACGACCUUGCUGAGCGAAGCAUGUGCUGGCAAUGCCAAGGAAGUGGUCGAAAUGCUGUUAGGCGAGGCGUGUGACCCCAAUGCUAUUGGCCGCUAUCACCGCUCUCCCUUGUGGAGGGCGGCCUAUGCUGGGAAUCAUGAGCUGAUUCGCAUGCUGCUGAGAAGCGGGGGCGAUCCAAGGGAGUGUGACGAGCAAGGAGCCAGACCCAUCGACGUGGCGAGCAACGCUGAGUCGCGGGAGUUCCUUGUGACCUGGGAUCCCUCCUCAACAGAUCGAAUCAAGGAGGACAAGAGGAAAGCCGCCAAGAACGCGGAGAAAGAAGAGAAGGCGAAGUUUCAGCGACAGCAGCAGGAGCUGUCGGACUCGCUGGAGGAAGCCGAGCGCAAGAGGCAGGUCUCCCGAAGUGAGCUGGUCCGUGCACGAAAGCUGCUGGCAGAUUAUCGGCAGCAGAAGGUGUCCUUUGCCGAGCAAGGUGCAGCCGAAAAGAUCGCUGAGUUGGAGCCGCUGAUUGAGGGUGCGGAGGCCUCCGUGAAGCUGUUUGAAGCGUCAGUGCAAGAGUGGGAGUGGAAGUCCUCACGUGCACGUCUCAAGAUGAGCGAUUUGGAGCAGGCCAAGAAGGAGAAGGAGGCCAAGGCGGCGGGGAAGUUUCGUGGCUUCCGGGUGCAAGUCAGCUGCGAAAGCUUGGAAGAUCUGGACUUCUUACUGCCUCGCCUCAACAAAUCCCUGGAGGCGGUGGAAGACUUCUCCUGGAAGGAUGUGGACUUAGUUUCGGGGGACUCCCUGAUCCGAGAAGGUGCCUUCAAGCACCUGAAAGCCAGUGAAUUUAACAAGAACUUCUUGGAGACUUAUGGCCGGCUGCCGGCAGAGCCUGAGGAAACUGAGGAAGGAGCCGAGAACGAAGAGCCUCCCUUCCCCAUCACUCUGGGCUUUGCCCGAGGCUUCAACCGAGUCAUUCCAAUCAAGGCGAUUGCAGAUGUGCUUCUGAAAGACGUGGGCGGCCUGAGAGCGCAAGAUGGACGGUGGCCAUUUGUGGUGGAUCCUUCUGGUCGCACCUCAACCUUUAUCAAGUACACAGGUGCUGCCGUCUACACCAUCGUGGAACUUCAGGACAUGGAAUCGAUGCGUUUGCGCCGGGCCUUGUUGAAUUCCAUGCUCAACGGGGGUGCCAUUCUGAUUGACCUUGGAAGCUUCGACAUGAAGAUCGAGGUGGUUGCAGAGAAGUUCAACGACCUGGAGAAGGGGCUUUUUGCCAAGCUCUUGGACCGUUCGGUCUUGUACUCCUACCUCUUUCCACGGCGCUUCAAGACCCUGAUCACCAAGGAGCUCGCCAAAGAUUUUCAGAUCAGUGCGUUCCUGGAUACUGCGCUGGAAAAGUUCGUUUUUGGCUUCGUGACCUCCUUUAGCGACCCAGAUCUGGAGUUUGCCAAGCAGUUUUAUACUGUUAGUGUGAAGAACGAGGAUGAUGAGCCCUGA